AUGGGCCCCUGUACCGCUAACUCCUCAUGCUGCUGCCAGGCCCCUAAUCUGCCAUGGGCCCCUGUACCGCCUCCUCAUGCUGCUGCCAGGCCCCCUAAUCUGCCAUGGGCCCCUGUACCGCCUCCUCAUGCCAAUGCUGCCAGGUCCACAGUGUCUCAUGCCAUGUGCCACUUUCAGGUCUCCUCACACUGCUGGUGUGUUCCAUUUUUUGUCAUAGGGUGCUGGCAGAUUACGGGCCUCCCAUAGCUGCUGCCAGGCCCUAAUCUGCCAUGGGCCCCUGUACCGCCUCCUCAUGCUGCUGCCAGGUCCACAGUGUCUCAUGCCAUGUGCCACUUGCAGGGUCUCCUCACACUGCUGGUGUGUUCCAUUUUUUGUCAUAGGGUGCUGGCAGAUUACGGGCCUCCCAUAGCUGCUGCCAG